AACUGUGGCGCAGGAGGAAAAAAAAAAGUCCUCCGCUUCGGGGCAGCCGGGUCCUGCGAGCAUCUCGCACCUUGCGGCCCAGCAGGGAGACCCGGCCCCGGCCCUAGCAGGCGCAGGUCCGGUUCCGCUGCGGAGGCCGACGUCGCUGGGAGCCGGGAAGUUGCGCAGGCGCCGUGCGCUGUGGGUUGGGGUUUGGUUUGUGUGUUUACAGCAGUCAGGCUGUAGGGAGAGAGACUGUGUGUGUAUGUGAGACUGGAUGUUAUGAACAGCCCUCAUUCUGGAAUAAAAGCAAAACAGAAAGGAAGCAGGUGCUUUUAGAAUUUUUUCCUCAUUCAUGAGCUGCGAUUGGCUUAGCAGCUAUGGAUGACAAGGCCUCAGUUGGGAAAAUUAGCGUUUCUUCUGGCUCGGUUUCCACCCUAAACAGUGAGGAUUUUGUCUUGGUUUCCCGGCAAGGGGAGGAAACGCCGUCUACACAUAACAGUAGUGAUGAUGAAAAAACAGGACUGAAGGUUAUUACUGAGGAAGGUGUCAGCUUUAAGAUCGUGGGGAACGGAAGCGAGCAGGAGCUGCAGAAGGAGCUGGAGGAUGUGCUGAUGGACCCCUCGGAGUCGGACCAGGCCGCCGGCGGGGAUCACGCCGAGGGGGGGCACCCCCUCUCCGUGGCCCCCCUUGAUUUCCCUUCGGGCUCAGCGAGCCCCCUGCCCAAACUGGAGAUGGCGCUGCCGGUGAGAUCCACGCAGGACGAUGACUCUUCAGGGUCCCCCACCACCCCGGUGCCGGACGAGGACAGCGUCGUCUUCAGCAAGCUGACGUAUCUCGGCUGCGCCUCGGUCAACGCCCCCCGCAGCGAAGUCGAGGCCCUGCGCAUGAUUUCCAUUUUGCGGGGCCAGUGCCAGGUGCCUUUAGACGUGACCCUCUCAGUGCCUAACGUUUCCGAAGGGACGGUAAGGUUAUUAGAUCCCCAGACGCACGUGGAAAUUGCAAACUAUCCAAUCUACAAGAUCCUGUUCUGUGUGAGAGGCCACGACGGGACACAGGAAAGCGACUGCUUUGCUUUCACUGAAAGCCACUAUAACGCAGAGAUUUUCAGGAUCCACGUCUUCCGAUGCGAAAUCCAGGAAGCGGUGAGUCGGAUAUUGUACAGCUUCGCCACCGCCUUCCGACGCUCAGCAAGCAAGACUCCCCUCUCGGCACAGCCGCCCCCCAUGACGCCAGACAGCGACGUGUUCACGUUCACCGUGUGUCUGGAGAUCAAGGAGGAUGACGGGAAAGGCUCGUUCAGUGCUGUAGCAAAAGACAAGGACAAGCAGUGCUUCAGACUCCGGCCCGGGAUGGACAGGAAGAUUGUCAUCUACGUUCAGCAGACUUCCAAUAAGGAGCUUGCCAUCGAAAGGUGCUUUGGACUUCUGCUCAGCCCGGGCAAAGAUGUUCGUAACAGCGAUAUGCACCUGCUGGAUUUGGAGUCAAUGGGUAAGAGCUCGGAUGGGAAGUCUUAUGUCAUCACAGGGAGCUGGAAUCCCAACACUCCACACUUCCAGGCUGUCAACGAGGAAACACCUAAAGAUAAAUUAAUGUACAUGACGACAGCGGUUGAUCUAGUUAUCACUGAGGUGGAAGAGCCUGUCCGAUUCCUUCUGGAGACGAAAGUGCGAGUAUGUUCCCCUAAUGAGAGAAUGUUCUGGCCUUUCAGCAAGAGAAGCUACACGGAGACUUUCUACCUAAAGUUAAAACAGAUGGAUCGGAAGGACAGGAAGAGUAACGCAGACACCCUCUAUGAGGUUGUGAGUCUGGAGAGCGAGACGGAGAGGGAGCACAAGAAAACCACAGCCAGCCCCUCCAUCCCUCAGUCCACAUCCCAGAGCUCAAUGAUCCCCUCGCCCCCUGAGGAUGACGAGGACGAAGACAACGACGAACCGUUGCUGAGCGGCUCUGGAGACGUGUCAAAGGAGUGUGCCGAGAAGAUACUCGAAACGUGGGGGGAUCUGUUGUCGAAAUGGCACCUGAACCUGAGUGUGAGACCCAAGCAGCUCCCCGCUCUGGUGAGAAGUGGGGUCCCCGAGGCACUGAGAGGGGAGGUGUGGCAGCUCCUGGCGGGUUGCCAUAACAACGACCACCUGGUGGAGGAGUACAGGACGCUCAUCACCAAGGAGUCGCCUCAGGACAGUGCCAUCACUAGAGACAUCAACAGGACAUUCCCAGCUCACGACUAUUUCAAGGACACAGGCGGUGACGGACAGGACUCGCUCUACAAAAUAUGCAAGGCCUAUUCGGUAUACGACGAAGAAAUUGGCUAUUGUCAAGGCCAGUCCUUUCUCGCUGCUGUGCUUCUAUUACACAUGCCUGAAGAGCAGGCUUUUAGCGUUUUGGUCAAGAUCAUGUUUGACUACGGACUCAGGGAACUUUUCAAACAAAACUUUGAAGAUCUGCACUGCAAAUUCUUUCAACUGGAGAGGCUCAUGCAGGAAUACAUUCCGGACCUGUACAGUCACUUCCUGAACAUCAGCCUCGAAGCGCACAUGUACGCAUCCCAGUGGUUCCUCACCCUCUUCACAGCGAAAUUCCCCCUCUACAUGGUUUUCCACAUCAUCGACCUGCUGCUCUGUGAGGGGAUCAGUGUUAUCUUCAACGUUGCACUGGCAUUACUGAAAACCUCAAAAGAUGAUCUGCUGUCGACAGACUUCGAAGGGGCAUUAAAGUUCUUCCGUGUUCCAGUGCCUAAAAGGUACAGAUCUGAGGAGAAUGCCAAGAAAUUGAUGGAACUUGCCUGCAGCAUGAAGAUCAGCCAGAAGAAGCUGAAGAAGUACGAGAAGGAAUACCACACCAUGAGGGAGCAGCAGGCACAACAGGAGGCUCCAAUCGAGAGAUACGAGAGGGAGAACAGACGGCUACAGGAAGCUAACAUGCGUCUGGAGCAGGAGAACGACGAUCUUGCGCACGAGCUGGUCACCAGUAAGAUAGCCCUGAGAAAGGACUUGGACAACGCGGAGGAGAAGGCAGAUGCCCUAAAUAAAGAGCUGCUGAUGACCAAGCAGAAGCUGGUGGACUCGGAGGAUGAGAAGAGGAGACUGGAAGAAGAGUCGGCACAGCUGAAAGAAAUGUGCAGGAGGGAGUUAGACAAGGCGGAAUCCGAGAUUAAAAAGAAUGGCUCCAUUAUUGGGGAAUACAAGCAGAUCUGUUCGCAGCUCAGUGAGAGACUGGAGAAACAGCAGACUGCCAACAAAGGAGAGCUGGAGAAGAUCCGGCAAAAGGUGGAGGGCUGUGAGAAGUGCAGCGGUCUGUUCAACAAGGAGGGCAGGCUGAAGGUGGUCAGCACGGCCAAGGAGGGCUCGGAGGAGGACACGGACGAGGAGAAGGAGUCCUUGAAGAACCAGCUGAGGGAGAUGGAGCUCGAGCUGGCCCAGACCAAACUGCAGCUGGUCGAGGCCGAGUGCAAGAUUCAGGACUUAGAACACCACUUGGGCCUGGCACUGAACGAGGUCCAGGCAGCAAAGAAGACCUGGUUUAACAGAACGUUAAGCUCCAUCAAAACUGUAACGGGAGCCCAGGGAAAAGAAACGUCCUAAUGAAGAUGCAAACGCACAUGACUGAGCAGAUCCGCCAGCCCGCACGCUGGCCAGAUGUCUUUCCUUCUCUAAUGUGCUAGGGGACCAGAGUGAGUGCACACUCAGUGGGUUUUUUUAAAAGGACAAUUCUAAUUGGGUAAGACUGCCCAAACUGUACUUAAAAUAUAAAAAGGCUUUAACUUUAGAGGGUCUUUAUACUACUGAUAUUUAACUGGUAUUGUAGCUGGUAAAGAGCUACUUUUACUGUCCUUUAAAGGUAUGGAAAAACACUCCAAUCUACUGUCCUGCUCAAAACUACUUGCACAAAACUAAAAAUUGAAAUUUAGGUACGAGCGCUAACAGCCUCCUUUCCGGGAGUGUUACGGUUUUUUUUCCAAAUAAGAUAACUUGUCUCUGUUUAACAGCUCCUUUUUCUUUUUAUAUACUUGUGCUUCUUGCAAAGUUUUACAAUGAGGAAUUAAACAGAGAUUGGUGCCAUUCAAUAUGUAGGCGGUUUAGGGGAAAUGGGAUUGAAGUUUUGGUUUUUUUAACUGAGGGUAACUUGGAAUUGAACUGCUGAAGUGAUGACUGUAGUUCAGUAACACGCUACGAUGGGCGGCUGAAUUUCCACUUCUAUUUAAAAAAAAAAACGUACAAAGAAUUCUCUUAAGCAGGACCACACCUUCAACUUCUAAUCCUGCGUUAGCUACUGCCCAAGUAGGCAUACGAGUCUUUAAAUGAGCACUGGGGAAAAUACUGCAAUAUUUAAAAGACUGUUUUCGUAGAUGUAGCCAAAUGCAAAAAAUGCAAUGACAGUGAGACUGUGGGAGUGGGUGACUCCACUGUGCCCAGUGCAGUUUGGUUAUACAUGUUAAUUUGAGACAGGGGGGUGUUUGUGGUGGGAGACAUGCAGUAAUAGUCUCGCAUGAUCUUCCUCUCUUCUACCUAUUGCUGAGAUCCUGGCAAAGAGGUGUACCGAUGGCUUUUCUUCUUUUUUUUGUUUACAAACCAAGGAAUGUCCAAACCCAAUAUAAGAUUCUUGUGCAAAUAACCGAAAAUCAGAAACAGGUUUGGUGCUGUGGAACUUCGCUGGGAUCAAUCCCGAGCUGCCCGUAGGACGAAAAAAAAAAACAUUUUCCGUUUACUGUGGUUGCUUUAUGACGUGAGACUGAUAUGUUCUCUAAACCCUUAGUGCUUUAGUGUUGUAAAGGAAAGAACUGUUUGCUACUUGACUUAACCGUUUUAAUUUUUUUUAAUGUUUCCUCCAUUUUAUAUAGGAUUUUAGUGCCCUCCCCCCUAGCCCUCUAUUUCCCAAAGGGACGAGAUAGGCAGCGGGGGUGGCAAAAAGUGCGACAAGCCCCAGAUCUUGAUGAUAACAAACCCUCGAAAUACACUGGAGUGGUCCGAGAGUAGAUUUCAAUCGCAAAAUUAAAAAACAAAGAGAGCAAAGCAGACAAGCCUGUUCCCCUUGGUUUUUUUGACGGGGUUUCUCGCCAUCUUUCUGUAGAAUGGAGGUCUUUGCACCUUAUACAUAUUUAUAAUGGUUUCUGUUUUGCUGAAUUCCUUCUUCAUGUUAGUGGAAAUUGUCUGUGUGCAGUGAAAAAAAAAAAACUGGGUCAGUUCCAAGAGGCACUGGGUUGUAUAUAAAAAAAGCAUACAAGUUGAUUUUGUAUUUCUACUUUUCUUGGUAACUGUACUAAUGUUGCCUAAUGUAUGUUACAGAUCUGACAUGUUAAUGCUAAAGCUAUUGUCCUAAAUGUCAUACUGCUGUCUCAUUCAUUUAAUGCCAAAUGUAUCUUCAUCCAGCAUUACAGAAGUGUGGACAUUGUAAUAGUAUAGUUUGCAUUGUGUAUACUUCAUGCAUUUAAAUAUAAACUGUACAAAACUAUUGACAGAAA